AUGUCUUUUAGUGCUCUCGAGGCAUUUAUUUGUUUUGCUUACACUGGGAAAAUGCAGAUAACUCCAUGGAAUGUGCAAGCCCUUCUGAUUGGCGCUAGUUUCCUUCAGGUCAGCAAUGUCAAAGAAGUCUGUUGUAAAUAUAUCGAAGAAAGGCUCACUCCAGAUACAGCUCUUCUGGCCAAAUCAUUUGCCCAGAGUCUUCUUUGCACUUCCCUUGUUAAAGCGUGCGAUGUUUUUAUCAACGAAAACUUUGUGGCCGUUUCUCGCACUGGGAGUUUUAUUAAAUUACCUGGCCAUGUUUUGCUUGAAAUGCUUGACUCGGACGAUUUGUUUGUAGACAGCGAAGAGCUAAUAUUCUUGGCAAUAGUACGGUGGAUGGAAGCCGGAUGGAGCCAAACGCCUAUUAAUGCGUCAUCUAAACCCUCCAUUUCAUUGGAAACUCUGGUUAUGAGUGAAAGUUCAAAAUCCUUUCCGGGACAAGACUCUAUCCCUCUUUCGCAGGAUUUUGUAAAAAAAAAUUUGCAUAUUUCUCAGGGGCUAAAUACAUAUCGUAGUGGCAGUCAGCCGUCUUUGCUCAUAAAUCAGUUGUGUUCGUAUCUUCCUGAUGCUGGUGCCGAUUUGGUCUGCCCCACGGAUGGCGCUCUGUCACUCAGUUGGUCUGUCUCUUCAAACCUUCAAUCACAUCUUAAACCAAGCAAAGAGGAGCUUAGGACUUCUGAUUCUCCUCUUAUGGUGAAUCCAAGAUAUUCUAUCCUUCCAGAUCUCCUGAAGCGUGUUCGUCUCCCUUUGCUUUCGGCCAAAUUUCUAACUGAAGUUGUUUCAAAGUAUGAGCCUAUUCGUACAGAGAUUAAAUGCCGGUAA